AUGCUUCAAACUCUUUUGCAUCCAUUGACAGAAAACCCACCUCACAUUUCAUCAUACCCGUCGAUUUUCCAGUUCUUGACUGGCCAAAACUUCAUCAAACUAGGCCAACAAGUCCACUCCCACAUGGUCCUCCGAGGUCUCCAACCCAACGCCUUCGUUGCUUCAAAGAUGGUAGCAAUGUACGCUAGCGCAGGCGAUGUAAACUCCGCUAUAGUCCUCUUUGAUAGUAUUACAAGUCCAUCUUCUCUUUUGUACAAUUCAAUUAUUCGAGCAUAUACCUGGUAUGGGUUUUGCGAGAGAACUUCAAGAACCUACCUUGGAAUGCAUUUGUUGGGUCUUAAGGGUGAUUGCUUUAUAUACCCUUUUGUGCUCAAGUCCUGUGCUGACCUAGCGUAUGUUGGAUUGGGAAAAUGCGUUCAUGGGUUGAGUUUGAGAACUGGGUUGGAGUUUGAUAUGUACGUAGGGACUUCUUUGAUUGAUAUGUAUGUGAAAUGUGGUGAAUUGAGUGAUGCCCAUAAGUUGUUUAAUGAAAUGCCUGUGAGAGAUGUUUCAUCUUGGAAUGCGUUGAUUGCUGGGCACAUGAAAGAUAGCAAGAUUUCUAAUGGGUUGGCGGACAGGGCGUUGGGUUUGUUUGAUGAGAUGUUACAGGAGGAUUCGGAGGUGAAACCUAAUUGGGUUACAAUCAUGAUUGUUUUACCUGCUUGUGCACACUCUGCUGCUCUUGAGUGUGGUAGACAAAUUCAUAAUUAUGCUAGUGAGAUCGGUUUGGGUUUCCAUUCUUCGGUGGAAACAGCACUUGCUGCAAUGUAUGCUAGAUGUGGGAGCUUUGUUGAUGCCCAAAGUUGUUUUGAUAGGAUCCGUCAACAUGGAAAGAGUUUGGUUACUUGGAACACCGUGAUUUCUGCAUAUGCUUCUCAUGGCCAUGGAACAGAAGCUGUGUCAACAUUCGAGGAUAUGAUAAGAGCUGGGAUUCUACCCGAUGCAAUCACAUUCACAGACCUUCUUGGUCGUGCUGGGAGAUUAGUGGAAGCAUAUGACCUUAUCUCUCAAAUGCCAAUGCAAGCGGGGCCAAGCAUAUGUUGCUCGGUAUUGGCUGCCAGUCGAAGUCACCAGAGCUUGGAGAUUGAAGAAAUAGCAGCUAGAAAGUUGUUUGUCUUAGAAUCAGACAACAGUGGGAAUUAUGUUCUGCUCUCAAAUAUGUAUGCUGAUGUUGGGAUGUGGGAGGAAGUGAACAAUUUGAGAACUCUAUUAAAAUUGCAGUGUGUGAAGAAGAGUCCUGGAUGCAGUUGGAUUGAGAUCAAUGGGAAAGCUCAUUUAUUUCUUGGAGGAGAUUUGUCUCAUCCACAGGCUAAGGAAAUCUACAUGUUAUUGGAGGCACUGCCUGAGAAGAUUAAGUCAGCUGGUUACGUACCAGAUACUAAUGCUGUGUUGCAUGAUGUCAGUGAAGAGGAGAAAGAACAUUACCUGACAACCCACAGUGAGAAGUUGGCCAUUGCCUUUGGGCUUCUUAAUACCAGUCACGGAACAGUUCUUUGAGUGACAAAAAACCUUCAAAUCUGUGGAGACUGUCACACAACCACCAAGUUCAUUUAAAAAAUCUAUGAGCGAGAGAUCGUUGUGAGGGAUAUAAAUCGGUUCCACAAUUUUAUGGGUCCUGUUCUUGUGGAGACUACUGGUGAUAGAAAAAUGAACCUAGAGUUUCAUAUGCACCUUCACAUAUAUGUCAAGUAUUGUUGAACUCAGGUGGAGAUCCAA